AUGGGAUCGCCGCGUUCUGACGAUGGCCGACGAGAGGCGAAGGCGACCAGGUGGUGCGCGGUGACCGGCGGCCGGGGAUUCAUGGCCAGGCACCUGGUGGCCGCGUUGCUCCGUUCCGGUUGGCAUGUUCGGGUUACCGACCUCGCACCCUCCUUGGUGCUCGGCCCCGGCGAGACGGAGGACCUCCUCCGGGAUGCCCUCGGCGACGGCCGAGCCGUCUAUGCCUCCGUGGAUGUCUGCAACUUCGAGCAGCUUACUACAGCUUUUGAAGGGGUAGAUGUUGUUUUCCACACAGCUACCGCGGAUCCUAUCAAGAACAACUUGCCACUUCACUACAAGGUCAAUGUCGAGGGAACAAAGAGUGUGAUUGAUGCUUGUAAGAUCUGCAAGGUGAAAAGGCUUAUACACACCAGUUCUAGUGGUGUUGUGUUUGACGGUGUUCAUGGACUUUUUGAUGUAAAUGAGUCAUUGCCAUACCCAGAUAAGUUUCCUGAUGCAUAUACACAAACAAAGGCAGAAGCAGAGAAGUUAGUCAUCAAGGCCAAUGACAUUAAUGACCUUCUAACUUGUUGCUUACGUCCUGGUAGCAUAUUUGGCCCAGGUGACAUGGUGAUGCCAACUUUAGAUAGUUAUGGAAGGACAAAUUUUAUUAUUGGCGAUGGGAAGAAUUGUGAUGAUUUUGUGUACGUUGAAAAUGUGGUAUAUGGUCACAUAUGUGCUGAUACGACUCUUUCUACUAUAGAGGGUGCAAAAACCAGUGGUGGAAAAGCCUACUUUAUAACUAAUAUGGAGCCAAUCAAUUUGUGGGACUUUCUACAUAUGGUUCAAGAAGAACUUGGACAUAAAAGACUGUUCACGAUAAGGAUACCUUUGUCUCUCAUGAAGCUAGUAAGCUAUUUGGUUGAGUGGGCAUACAUGAUUCUACAUCGUUAUGGAAUAUGCCAAACUCAAAGGGUAACACCAGCAAGGAUUAAGUAUAUGACACUUAACAGAACAUUUAGUUGUAACAGAGCUGUUGAAGAACUUGGCUACAAACCUACUGUGACACUCAUGGAUGGUCUAAAGAUAGCAGUUAACUCAUAUAUUCAGUCCAAAAAUAUGAAUUUAUCUUAA